AUGGCUCCACCUUCAGAUAUUUCGGAGCGAAGGCAGCGGGCUUCGUUAAAAAGCAAAAAGCGAUGGGUGAGGCGCAUUCUUUGGUUAAUUGUGUGGUGGUUUGGUGCAGUUAUUAUCAGUAGGCUUCAUCAAGAUUCAUUGCGUAUGUAUGUUAUUGUUACUACUUUUAUCGCCAUAUUUGCAGCUUUGGGUUGGAGGCAGCGACGGAAAAUACCACGAGAAGGCGUUAAAUCUAAUAUUCACGAGCGAUUCGGCACAAUUGCGUCAUUACGGAGGCGAUGCGUUGAAUUUAAUGCGCUAAAAAAUAUUGGGACUCCGGAGGCCAUUCGCGUCAUUCGAGAUGAGGCAUUCCGUCAAAAUCUCAUUAAUUCACCACCGGAUGCUCCGUCAUGCUGCUGUGGAAGCGGGAGGCCUUUCGCGGAGUGUUGUCGCGUACUGCAGGAGGAAUUGCGCCGAUGUGGUGCUGAAACGUAA